CGGAAACAAGCGUUUGUUUGUGAGUGGUAUUUUAAAUAAAGUAAACUUUAUUGUUUCAGGGAGCUGUCAUGGCGGCGUCCACAAGCCAGGGUUGGAGCUGGUUUCUCGCCUUGGCUCUCGGAGUUUCUUUUCUGAAAUGUCUGCUGAUAAAUGCAUAUCACUCUACAGAUUUUGAAGUCCACCGGAACUGGCUCGCUAUCACUCACUCUCUGCCUGUGUCAAAGUGGUAUUAUGAGGCCACAUCAGAGUGGACACUGGAUUAUCCUCCCCUGUUUGCAUGGUUUGAGUUCGGACUGUCUCACAUUGCCAAGUACUUCGAUCCGAAGAUGCUGGUUGUUGAGAACCUUAAUUACGCCAGUCCGGCCACAGUGUUGUUCCAGAGGCUUUCUGUCAUUAUCACUGAUGUGAUCUUCAUUUAUGCAGUUAGAGAAUGUUGUAAAUGUUUACGGGAAGACAGAGGAAAGGAUCUGCUGGCGAAGCCGUCUUUCAUCCUGGCCACACUGCUGCUGUGGAACUGUGGACUUCUCAUUGUUGAUCACAUUCAUUUCCAGUACAACGGCUUCCUCUUUGGAAUUCUUUUGCUAUCAGUCGCACGGCAUCUGCAGAACAGACACUUCGAGGGUGCCCUACUGUUUUCCGUCCUCUUAAACCUGAAGCACAUAUACCUGUACAUCGCACCUGCCUAUGGAAUCUUCCUGCUCAGGUGUUUCUGCUUCACACAGAGUAACACAGAUGGUUCAGUGAGGUGGAAGAGCUUCAGUCUUUUCCGCUUAGUAGCUCUUGGAUUUAUUGUUCUGUCCACCUUUGCUGUGUCAUUUGGACCCUUUAUUAUACUGGGUCAAAUUCCACAAGUCCUUUCCAGACUCUUCCCUUUCAAGCGUGGGUUAUGUCACGCCUACUGGGCCCCGAAUAUCUGGGCACUGUACAACAUAGCAGACAAGGCUCUAUCUGUCCUGGGUGUAAAAUUCAAACUGCUUGACCAGAACAAACUUCCCAAAGCCUCGAUGACUGGAGGUUUGGUUCAGGAAUUUCAGCACUCUGUUCUUCCACCCGUGUCUCCUCUAGUGACACUUGUUUGUACUUUACUGUCAAUCCUGCCUGUUCUGUACAGUACAUGGCGAAGACCUAACGGAGCCCGAGGUUUCCUGCGCUGCAUGAUUAUUUGUGCCCUCGGAUCCUUCAUGUUUGGUUGGCAUGUCCAUGAGAAAGCCAUUUUAAUGGCAAUACUUCCUCUAAGCUUUCUUGCGGUAGAAAGUAAGGAAGAUGCUCGAACCUUUCUGAUCCUCAGCACAACCGGUCAUUUUUCCCUCUUUCCACUCCUCUUUACCGCUCCAGAACUGCCUAUCAAAAUUCUUUUUGUGCUGAUGUUUACAAUCUUCAGUUUUACCUCGCUCAAGAAGCUUUUCAGUAAAGCAGGCUGGUUGGUGAACACAGUGGAAGCUGUGUAUCUCCUGGGCCUGGUUCCUCUGGAGCUCAUCUGUGAGAUUGUUUACCCACUGACUCGCUGGCAGCAGACGCUUCCCUUCAUCCCUCUGCUCCUCACCUCUGUUUACUGCGCACUUGGCGUGGUCUACUGCUUCAUCAGACUCUACCUGUCAGUGUUCACUGCUCCCAGCAGCAGCAAAGUGAAAGCUCACUAAUGCAUGAAGCUUGUAGAAACACUGGGAUGUUUGAUAAUGUGGAGCUGUGAUUAGAUUCUGUUUACAAUUAUGUGACCAAAUGUUACUUUGGACCCAUAAAAUUAUUUUUGAGGAAGGGGUGUCUAUCAGUGUAAGUACUUUUAUUUUGAUACGCAAUCAUUUUCUACUGAAUGUGGUAUUUUAAUUAAAGAACUAUACAUUCACGUUUC